AUGCUGACCAGCAAAGGUCAGGGAUGCCUUCACUUUGGUUUGUGCCUCUGGUCGUGUAUAUUGAUACCUUUCUUUAAAGACUGCGCAGGCUGUGCAUCUGAGGAGAGACUCUUCCACAAAUUGUUUUCCCAUUAUAACCAGUUCAUCAGGCCUGUGGAAAAUGUUUCUGACCCCAUCACGGUGUACUUUGAAGUGGCCAUCACACAACUGGCCAAUGUGGAUGAAGUAAACCAGAUCAUGGAAACCAAUCUGUGGCUACGUCAUAUCUGGAAUGAUUAUAAAUUGCGCUGGGACCCAGUGGAGUUUGGUGGCAUCGAGACCCUUCGUGUUCCUGCAGAUAAGAUCUGGAAGCCUGACAUUGUUCUCUAUAACAAUGCUGUGGGCGACUUCCAAGUUGAAGGCAAGACAAAAGCUCUUCUUAAAUACGAUGGCACCAUAACCUGGACUCCACCAGCCAUUUUUAAGAGUUCCUGUCCUAUGGAUAUCACUUUUUUCCCUUUCGAUCAUCAAAAUUGUUCCCUGAAAUUUGGUUCCUGGACAUAUGACAAAGCUAAAAUUGAUCUUCUAAUCAUUGGAUCUACAGUGGAUAUGAAUGAUUUUUGGGAAAACAGUGAAUGGGAAAUUGUUGAUGCUUCGGGCUAUAAGCAUGACAUAAAAUACAACUGUUGUGAAGAGAUAUACACAGAUAUAACCUAUUCUUUUUACAUUAGAAGGUUGCCCAUGUUUUACACCAUCAAUCUGAUUAUUCCCUGUCUCCUUAUUUCAUUUCUAACUGUGUUGGUCUUCUACCUUCCUUCUGACUGUGGUGAAAAAGUGACACUUUGCAUUUCAGUCCUGCUUUCUCUGACUGUGUUUUUGCUGGUCAUCACAGAAACCAUCCCGUCCACAUCUCUUGUGAUCCCACUGGUGGGUGAGUACCUACUGUUCACCAUGAUCUUUGUCACAUUGUCCAUCGUGGUGACUGUGUUUGUGUUAAACAUACACUAUCGCACGCCGACAACACACACCAUGCCCAAGUGGGUGAAGACGGUUUUUCUCCAGCUGUUACCCCAGAUCCUGAUGAUGAGGAGGCCUCUGGACAAGACGAGGAAGACAAGUGCUGAGAAAAACCCCAAAAGCAUUUCCAGUAGGCCCACCAAAGUCAAGUUUGAGCAUCACAGAGAACCCAAACUUCUUAAAGAAUGCUGCCACUGCCAUAAAUCCCAUCAGCUUGCCACAAGCAAGAGAAGGUUAAGUCAUCAGCCUUUACAAUGGGUGACAGAAAAUUCGGAGCACUCACCUGAAGUCGAAGAUGUAAUCAAUAGUGUUCAAUUCAUAGCAGAAAACAUGAAGAACCAAAAUGAAACAAAGGAGGUAGAAGAUGACUGGAAAUAUGUGGCCAUGGUGGUGGACAGAGUAUUUCUUUGGAUAUUCAUAAUUGUCUGUGUGUUUGGAACUGCAGGGCUAUUUCUACAGCCACUACUGGGGAACACAGGAAAAUCUUAA